AUGGCUAAUACAUAUAUAUCAUUAAUUGAUGAAGAUUUAUUAUAUGAUGUACAUCAAUUUGGUAUAUUAACAUUAUGGUCUCUAUUAACAACACUUAUUUAUACAAAUACAAAAUAUUUUAAUUUAAAAACUGUUGAAUCACAUAUAGCUAUAUCAUUUGCAAAUUUUGGUAAAUAUUCUCAAUGGGUACGUUUAUCAACAACUUCACCACAAGGACAACAACUGAAUUAUUUAAGAUUUUAUGCUCAUAAUCCUGUCCUGAACAAAGUACGUGGUACAGCUAAUGUUUUUUCUUUACAUCCAAUCACUGAACAAAUUCCUGAAAAUUCACUUUGGUUUUCACAUGAACCAUAA